CGCGGCUCAACGCGCGUGGUUGUUGUCAGUGUCUCGGCAGCGUUUAAGGCGGCAGCGCGCAUCCCUUGCGGUGGAUCUUCGCUCCGCUUACUCGGACUGCUCUCGGGUGCUGCUCUCCGUUGGUUCCGUUCCGUUGUGCUCGGUCCUAGUGCUGUGCAGUGUACGAUCGCAGCUGUGGUGAUAGUGAUUCCAGGUCAUAGUGCUCCCUAGUGUGUUUUUUUGCUCCUGCGGAUACAGUUCCUUUCCCAGGGGGGGGGGUCAGAAGGAGGAGAAGAAGCGAGAACAAAUCUCGAGACGCGAGACUCGAGCUAUCUGACAAGUCGAGAGUGCGUGCGGUGUCAUCGGAUCGGAUCGGUGGCAACGCCGCCACAGCAAUGGCGGCCGUAAGGUGUGGGGUGAGGGCCCUACAGCUGCUCUUGCUUCUCGCAGCUGCCAGCAGUCGGUUCGCCCCGGUCGAUGCAGCCGGGCAACCGGCGUCUCUCGUCGAGGCGGAGAAACCAUACGAUAGCGAUCUGGUGUUCGAAGACGAGAGUUCCCAGUUGGCGGCGUCGGCAGCGGCGGCCGCUUUCGCCGAUACGAAACCACUGCUUCUAGAUGAAAUCGAUCGAUCACCGGCUGGCCGUUCGGUGGAGGAUAUGCUGCUGGCCGUCCGGGGUUCCACCGAUGACACGGUGGAACCAUGGGACGGUGCAGAUCUCUCCGAUGACGGUGACGAUGAAGAAGAGGACGAAUCGGAGCUGGACGAUGAAAACGAUCCGGAACUGGAGGAGGAUGAGUCGGAGAAUGAAAUCGGCGCUCCAUCGUCGCAGGACAACGAGGAUGGUGCCGGUCAAGGGUGGCUGAUGCGCAGUGUCAAGCGCAUCAAACGCAGCCUCGACAGCCUGUGGACAUCGACGGAUGGCAGCGGUUCGAGUUCGGCCACGCAGCAGCCCAACGAUACUAAGCGUGCCCAGGGCAUGCGUAAGGUGAAAAAGGGCAAAAAAUCCAACCAGGAAAAGAAGAAUAAGCUAAAGAAGAAGCAGAAGCUGAAGAAAAGCGAACAGGAUGCAUCCGCCGGAGUGAGCGAACCGACGAUGGCAACGUCGAAAGACCGGAAGGCGCAUCACACCGGACCGGCGAAGAGCCGGCUACCGGCAGCACAGAGUCUGACACCACCGGCGACCAAGUUUGCCGGGAAAUCGGGCCGCUUUGUGGGCGUCCGGCCGAAGCGUCAGUUCGACUAUGGACCGAUUGAUAACGAGGGCAGUGGAGAGGGAUUCGAUGGAUCCGGCGAACCACCGCUCUGGGUGAACUAUAAACUGCAGCUGACGAUCCCGGAACCAUAUCAGGACAGCUUCCGGAAGGUGGAUCAAUCCGACGAGCGCAUCCUGCGAUACCAGGCCGACCUGAGCCGGCUGGUGAACGAUGUGGCGCUUUUGGACCACGUCGAUGCUACCAUCGUCCGCUUGGAACCGUACACACUGAACCGGCAGCUGACACUGGUGACGGCCACUUUCGACGCACCGCAGAACAUUGAUCUCGACGAGCUGGAGGAGAACAUCAUCAAACAGUUGCAGGGCCCCGGCUACUCACUGCGCUCGGAUGGGGUAGCGUUGACGCUAUCAAGCGAUGAUGGCGAUGCCACAACGACCAGUUUUCCCGAUGAGGAUGAGGAAGAUAAUACACCGGAAACGACCGUCGCACCGCCGCUCCAGGAUGUUACAGGACAGAAAAACAAAGAGUGCCGCGGGGAUGAUGUUUACUUUUGUAGCCGAACGGGGCAGUGCAUCGGUGAUGUGCAACGGUGUGACGGCGAGAUUGACUGUGAUGAUGGCGAGGACGAGGCGAAUUGUCCAACCGAUUGCCGUCCAAGUCAGAUCUCCUGCGACGGCAAGUGUCUGGAGCCGGAGAAGCGUUGCGAUAGGACCCGGGACUGCAGCGAUGGCAUCGACGAGCAGAACUGUCCCGACGAGCCAGAAGAGCCGGAAGUGUGUCGCGACGACGAGUUCACCUGUGGAGAUGGCAGUUGUAUACCGCUUGAGAAGCGCUGCGAUCGCUACACAGACUGCCCGGAUGGAGAGGAUGAAACUGAUAAUGAAUGCGUACAAGAGAGUCCUUGCGAUCCGGUUUCGGAGUUUGAGUGCAAUGAUGGAACCUGCAUUCUGGCCGAAUCACGCUGCGACCGACGUGCCGAUUGUGCCGAAGGCGAGGACGAAGAAAACUGUCUAACCACAGUGACUGGAAACUGUACGUCCUAUCAGUUCCAGUGCCGAUCGGACCGCCGGUGUAUACCGAUCGAAAAGCACUGCGAUCGAGCGUAUGACUGUGAGGAUGGGUCCGACGAGCAGGUGUGCGAAUGUCGACCGCAUGAGUUCCGCUGCCAGAACGGCUACUGUAUAGCGAUGGAGGAGCACUGCGAUGGCUGGCAUCAGUGCAGCGAUGGAUCGGACGAACAGGGCUGCCCCAAACGAACCUGCUACGAGAAUGAGUUUACGUGCCGAAACGGAGACUGCGUUCCUACCGAUCGAAUUUGUGACGGUCAUAACGAUUGCGGUGAUUAUUCCGACGAGGAAGAGUGUGACAAAACCUGUGCACCACAUGAGUUUACGUGUUACGAUGGAGGAUGCAUUCCAAAGACCAUGGAAUGUGACGGAAACCCCGAUUGUAGGGAUGGAACCGAUGAGAUGGCUUGUGGCCGCGCCGCAAAGCCACUGUCUCGCUGUGGCCAGCAUCAGUUCGAAUGCAACGACGGUAUAUGCAUUGCAGACUAUAAGCGCUGCAACGGCAUCGUCGACUGUCACGAUGAGUCCGAUGAGCCUGAGAGCUGUAGCUACGAGGAAUGUAAUACAAGCGAGUUCGCGUGCGAUGGCCAGUGCUUCGAGUUUCGGAUCUAUUGUAACGGUGUCCCUGAUUGCAACGAUGGCAAAGACGAGCAGAACUGCAUCACCUGCCACGGUGAUGCGUUCCACUGCACCAGUGACCAGCAAUGCGUACCACCGGAGCAUCGUUGCGACGGUGUAAACCAUUGCCGCGAUGGAAGCGAUGAGAUUGGCUGUACCAACCGCACGGAUUGCCUGUCGGACCAGUGGCAGUGUAGAAAUGGGGUGUGCAUUAAUGGCGAUUUCCACUGCGACGGUAAUGUGGACUGUACCGAUGGUUCCGAUGAGGAGAGCUGUGAAGGAGUUGGCGUCUGUACGGAUGAUGAGUUCCAGUGCCGCGACGGUAGCUGCAUUGAGGUCGAGAGGCGUUGCGACGGUGUAAGCGAUUGCUACGAUCGAUCCGACGAGAUCGAUUGUCCGCCUGCUCCUUGCAAUCAGCUGGUGUGCCGUGAUGGAACAUGUUUCGACCAUUCGCAGCGAUGCGAUCGCCGUCGCGAUUGCGCCGAUGGUUUCGACGAGGAAGAUUGCCCCUGCCAGAGCAACGAGUUCACGUGCGGCGAUGGUCAGUGCAUCUCUAACCAGCAGGUUUGCGACAGACGUCCAGACUGUCGCGAUGGUUCCGACGAGCGCAAUUGUUCCUGUGCACGAAAUCAGUUCCGCUGCAACAGUGGUCAAUGUAUCGCGGAUGGCCGUCGUUGUGAUCAACGUAUUGACUGUCCCGAUGGUUCCGAUGAGGCCGGUUGCAGACCUGUUGGGUGCAGACCCAACGAAUGGAGAUGCCACAGUGGCCAUUGCAUCCGACUCGAGCAGCGAUGCGAUCGGCGGCCCGAUUGCCCCGAUCGUAGUGAUGAGACCGAUUGUUUCAGUUGCGGUCCAAAUAUGUUCCGCUGUGAGAAUGGACCUUGCAUAAACUCUGCAUUAAAGUGUAACGGAAGAGUAGACUGUCCCUUCGAUACUAGUGAUGAGCUUGACUGUCCUCCGUACGUACCGCCGUCAGUGGAGCUGCAGGGUCUCAACCUGAGGACCGUUCCCGAAGAUCAGACCAUUAAAGAUGUGAAUAUUGACGAGGGCAACGAGGUCGUCUUCCAGUGUCGUGACGAGGGGCCGGCACACGCCAAGGUCAGGUGGAUUCGUGGCCGCGGACUGCCAUUGCCACCGGGUACGCGCGAUAUUAAUGGACGUCUAGAAAUCCCGAACAUUCGGGUGGAUCAUAGCGGAACGUACGUGUGCGAAGCGGUCGGAUACUCGAAAUCAACGCCCGGUAGUAGCAAGGAGGUUACCCUACAGGUAACAAGAUCAUCUCACGAACGGCCACCAUCAGCGUGUGCCGUCGACGAGGCAACCUGUUCGAACGGAGCGUGCAUCCGGAAGUCACAGAUCUGCGACGGUAACAGCGACUGUGACGAUGGUUCGGACGAGACGAGCUGUAGCGUGUACCACAAGUGUGAACCGAACCAGUUCAAGUGUGCCAACCGUAAGUGCAUCCUGAAGACGUGGCUCUGUGACGGUGAACAGGACUGUGGUGAUGGUUCGGAUGAAGAGAACUGCGCUACACUGCCACCAAACUCCCCGUGCCGAUACGACGAGUUCCAGUGCCGUAAUGGUCAGUGCGUUCCAAAGUCUUUCCAGUGCGAUACGCACCCCGAUUGCUUCGAUAAAUCCGACGAAGUUGGUUGCAUGGCUCCGAAUGUUAUUCAACCACCGCCCCCAUCGCUAACGAUCCAGUCCGGUGGUGUGCUGAAUAUCACCUGCCGUGCUACCGCCGUUCCGGUGCCACUGAUUGUAUGGCGUUUGAACUGGGGCCAUGUGCCGGAAAAGUGUAUCUCGACGAGCGAGAACGGAUUCGGACGGUUGGUGUGCGGUGACAUGCAGCCCAUCGAUGCCGGUGCGUACUCGUGUGAGAUCAUCAACUCGAUGGGAACACACUUUGUGUCACCGGAUACGAUCGUCACCGUGAUCAGUGCGGGGCAUGUCUGUCAGCAGGGAUACUUUAACAGCAAGGCGCGCAAUCCGAGCGAUUGCAUCAACUGUUUCUGCUUCGGUGUAGCGACCACUUGCAGCAGUGCCGAUCUGUACACGUACGCGCUGAAGCCACCGGUAUCCUCACUGACGGUGGUCGGUGUUGAGGGACCGUGGUUAGGACGCCGAGAGCUUGUAAUCGGAGAGUUUGAGAACCACAAUCUGACGGCCCAGCGCCAUGGUGUGCAACUGAGACUGACCAAUCUGGUGCCUGGACGGCGUACUCCGUACUACUCGCUACCGGAGGAGUACAAGGGCAAUCAGUUGAAAUCUUAUGGUGGUUCCAUUCGCUACGAUGUCGAGUACGAUGGUAACGGCCGUCCGAUCAACGCUCCGGAUGUUAUCCUCAAGGGCAACGGUGUGACACUGUUCUAUACGCACAGCGAAACGUUCUAUCCGGACAUCAAGAACCACGUGUCGGUUAGUUUGCUGCCCGGGCACUGGAUGAAAGAGGAUCGCUCGGUGGCAAGCCGUGGUGAUAUCAUGAUGCUGCUGGCCAACAUCGAAAGCAUCCUCAUCCGCAUGCAGUACGUCGAUGAAGUCGAACGGAACAUUGAGCUGGUUAACAUUAUGAUGGAUUCGGCGGCGGUCAACGAUCGUGGUCUCGGUAGCGCUUCCCUCGUCGAGGAGUGCCGCUGCCCUCCGGGUUACCGUGGGCUGUCGUGCGAGAGCUGUGAAGCCGGUUACGUAAGGCAGAGCAGUGGCCCCUGGUUGGGACGCUGUGUGCCACGGUUGGAAGAGUGUCGCCCUGGGUACUACGGUGAUCCGAACCGGGGUAUCCCAUGUCAACCCUGCCCCUGUCCGGUUGCGGGUGAAAAGUCACGCGCACGAUCCUGCUAUCUGGAUUCCCGUGACAACGUGGUGUGCCGCUGUGACCGUGGAUAUGCUGGUGAGCGGUGCAUGGAGUGCGAUGUUGGAUACGUCGGAAAUCCACUCGGUGAAGGAUGCUUCGAACGGCCCGUCUCCAACUGUAACUCGUACGGUACGGAGCGUAUCCUGGGUGAUGGCCGUUGCUACUGUAAACCGGAUGUCGAGGGACAGUACUGUGAUCGCUGUUCGGCACAACAUUUCUACCUGCACGAUAAGGGCUGCAUCCAGUGUUUCUGUAUGGGUGUAUCGAACCAGUGUAGCAGCACGACGCUGACCCGGGACUCGAUCCAGGCAUCGUUUGCCGAUGGUCGCUCGGCCUUCUCGCUCAUCUCGGACUACACCAACCCGUCGGUCGUGGCGAACAGUUUGCCGAUUGCGAACCGUGAAAUCGUUUACCGAAACUUUGGUGCCAGCGAUGAAACGUUCUACUGGCGACUGCCGACACAGUUCUUGGGCAACAAGCUGACUUCGUUCGGUGGAGUGCUGAACUACACGAUCCGCUACACGCCUCACUCGUCCGGUGGUGUGUCACGGAAUAACUCACCGGAUGUGGUGCUACAUAGCGGUAACAAAAUCAAGCUCCAUCACUACCGGACCAACAAUGCAAUCUCGUCCGUCGGUUCAAGUACCAACUCGGUGCCGAUCCUGGAAGACUUCUGGCAAAACUACGAGGACGGCAACACGGUAAACAGGGAGUACCUGCUGAUGGCACUAGCGAACGUUAGUGAUAUCUUCAUCAAGGCGACGUACAACACCGUCUCGAAUGAGGCCGCCCUGUCGCACGUCAGUCUGGACAUUGCACGCGAUCACCCGUACGGUGGUGGUGGUGCCCGGGCUUGGCCCGUCGAACAGUGCCAGUGUCCGGAGGGUCACAUCGGGCUGUCGUGUGAGGAUUGUGCUCCGGGGUACUACAAGGGUCCGGACGGUCUGUACCUUGGGCUGUGCGAACGAUGCCAGUGUAAUGGACACUCGGACGAGUGUGACUCCCAGACGGGUGCUUGCCUUCGUUGCCGUGACAAUACGUACGGCCCGAACUGUGAGUUCUGUUUACCUGGAUUCGCCGGUAACGCAACCGGUGGAUCGCCAUACGAUUGUACGGAAAUUGGUGCGGGUUCUUCGAUCGAUUGUACGCGAGAUUGCGAUGUGCGCGGAUUCACCGGACGCUGCGAGAACAAUCGGUGCGAGUGUAAACAGUUGGUGGAGGGCACCAGGUGUGACCAGUGCCGGCAGGGAUCGUUUGGGCUGAGUACGCGCCAUGAGACCGGUUGUUUGGAGUGUUUCUGUUCGGGUGUGACGAAGUCGUGCGGUAGCUCGAACCUGUACCGCGAGGAGUUGCCGGUGUUGGUCGAUGAGUUUGACAACACGAUCAGUCUGGCGAACCGUGAUGGGCAGGUGUUGGUGCGGGAUAACUUUAACAUCAAUCCGGGCAUCAACGAGAUUAGCUACACGUUCCGGGAUCGUGAGACGUACUAUUGGAAUCUACCGAGUCAGGUGCUUGGAAGCCAGAUACUGUCGUACGGCGCUAAUCUGACGGUUACGCAGCAGGUUGACGGUGGUCGACCGUUGACGGAUCAGGAUAUCAUUCUGAUAGGCAAUGGGUUGAAGUUGGUGUGGUCCCGUGACCACUACGACGAUGGGACCUACAGCGUACCGCUGCUUGAGCCAUACUGGACGGUUAUUAGCCGCCGUUCGUCGUACCCGGCCUCUAGGAGUGAUCUGCUGACCGUGCUCGCUAACCUGGACCACAUUCUGA